AACAGCUCUUUUGAUGGAAUUAUUGGCUCUAAUAAAGCCAACUUAUUGUUUGAAAGACGGUAAUGAACACUGUCGCCGUUUACUAUCUGUCACCCUGAGGUAAAUAGGGAGAGGAGAUCUGAAGUACCGUCGGCGGGGGUGGGCCCUGCCCUUUGAUCGACGGUUGGACGCCAUGGAGGAUCUGGACGCGGCGGCGGUGAGCCCCGCCGAGCAGACGGAGCUGUCGCGGAUGAUGGCGGUCGAGCAGCAGAAGGCUCAGUUCCAGCUGCGGGUGCACGGUUUCACCGACGUGUGCUGGGAGAAGUGCGUGGACAAGCCGGGCUCGAAGCUGGACUCGCGGACCGAGAGCUGCCUGGUCAGCUGCGUGGAGCGCUUCGUGGACACCACGCUGGCCAUCACCAACCGCUUCGCGCAGAUGGUGCAGAAGGGGGGACACUGACCGGCUGCCCCGCACCCUCCGGCCCACGCGGACCCUCUGGACUCGGUGUGCCCGCCUCUGUAUUAAAGUACCGGCUGGCUUGGAAAUUGUGUUCACGCCGACUGAAGGUGUCCUCAAGGUCAUUUCUUCAACUUCCUAUUCCGCUGUACGUUCAUAACGCAUGCAGAUCUUCAGCGCAACUCAUUCUGUACACUGAAAUUCCAUUAAAGUCCUUGUUUCGUGAGUA